AUGGGCAUGCUGCUGAGUGCAUUGAACGAACAGCCCGUGUGCUUUGAUUCACCAUCGCAUUACGACGCCCGAGGACGGCCAAUUCCAUGGCGAACGCCGAUUCACACCGUCGCGUCCCCAUACUAUGACGUGCAGAAGAAGCACUGGCAAGAGCUGCGAGAAGCACGAACCAAGAGCAUCGUUGCACGAAAGAAGCUCUCUGAUGAGAAUACUGCGCGCCUGCUGAGCAUGUACCCACAAUGGACUGACUCUGACAUUGCUGAUCUCAAGGACCAAUUCCACAGCUUUGACGUCAACCAGGAUGGCAUGAUCGACUUUGAGGAGAUGGUGAUAGUGCUAGACUCCCUUGGUGACGAAACAUCACGCGAACAGCGCAAGCAGUGCUUCGCUGCCGUCGACACGGAUCACUCUGGCUUCAUCGACUUUGAGGAGUUCUUGGAGCUCGUCAACAAUGUGACGCUUGGCCGUGUUGAUGACUCCACUGGACUCGGCAAAGCGUACAAGAGCACGGCCCGCAGCACGAAAGCAUGCUACUGCCUUGACAUCGACCUCCAACUCAAGUACCACCUCAUCUGA